GGGACCUCCUGCUGCACGUCCCUGCCAUCGCUGGGGUUUCUGUUUUAUUUUCCUGGAGGGGAAAGGGGGGGGGAACCCAAGCCAACAUGGUCUCCCCAUGUCCUCUGUUCCCCUCUUCCCUCUUCCCCCUCCUUUCAUCUCAGUAGGAAUCGGCUCUUUCUUCCUCUGCCCAGAGCUUUGUCCUCCUCAGACUCAGACAAGACUCCAGGAAGGAAGCCAGGAUGGAUUACAGCUCACUCAGCGGGGUCCCGCGCUUCCUGACCCGGCCCAAGGCGUUUAUGGUGUCUGUAGGGAAGGAUGCCACCCUGAGCUGCCAGAUUGUUGGAAACCCCAUCCCAGUGGUGAGCUGGGAGAAGGAUAAACUUCCAGUCCAGUCAGGGGGAAGGUUUAAAACCACAGAGGAUGGGGAUUUGUAUCGGCUAACCAUCUACGACCUGAGCCUGGAGGACAGCGGUCAGUACAUCUGCCGGGCCAAGAACACCAUCGGGGAGGCGUUUGCUGCUGUCAGCAUCAAAGUGGGAGAGGAGACCACAGUCACAGAGUCAGCUCCUUAUUUCAUCCAGAAACCUUCCAACAUCAAAGUGACCUUGGGAGAAGAUGCCAUGUUCAAAUGCAAAGUCCAGGGCAGCCCUCCCCUCUCGGUGAACUGGGAGAAGGAUGGGAGAUACCUGAGGAACAAGGCAGAUGCUGGACGAGUCCAGAUCGAGUCUGCCGGGGAGUCCAACGCUCUCACCAUCCAGUGUGCCCAGCUGGGGGACAGUGGCACCUACACCUGCCGGGCAGAGAACCUCAUCGGCUCCGCCAGCGCCUCGGCCGCGCUGGUGGUGGAAACGCACGGCUCCUCCAACCCAGGCAGCAGCAGCAACUUGGACAGCAGCUGUGGCAAGACGGCCUCCUUGCUGUCCCACCUGCAGAAGAGGCGGGAGGAGAUCAGGAAGAUGGACGUCUCCCAUGGGACUCUCGACUCAGCCUCUGCCCAAUCUUACUCCGCGGUAGAGGGGUUGUCCAGCAUCGGCUACAGCCUGUCCCGGGAUUAUGAGCGGGCAGCGGGACUGACCAAAGGGGCCCGCAACGCCACUUUUGGGGCGCUGACACGCGUGUGCAGCGUGACGGAGGGCAAGCACGCCAAGCUGAGCUGCUACGUGACGGGCGAACCCAAGCCCGUGAUUGUGUGGAAGAAGGACAACGAGGUCAUUUUGGAAGGACGGCGGCACGUCAUCUAUGAGGAUGACCAGGAGAACUUUGUGCUGAAGAUCCUCUUCUGCAAGCAGACGGACAAUGGGCUGUACACCUGCACGGCCUCCAACCUGGCGGGGCAGACCUACAGCUCCGUGCUCGUCACUGUCAAAGAACCCACCAUACCCUUCAAGGCAAAACUGAAGGAUCUUGAAGUGAGGGAGAAGGAAUCUGCCACCUUCCAGUGUGAAGUGCCCGUUCCUGGGACUGAGACAGCUUGGUUCAAGGAGGAGACCAAGCUCCAGCAGAGCAAGAAGUACAACAUCGAGGAGGAGGGCACCUACCGCCGGCUCACCGUCCAGAACGUCACCACGGACGACGAUGCUGUUUACAUCUGUGAGAUGAAGGAAGGGAGCAGGACCAUUGCAGAGCUGUCUGUCCAAGGGAACAUCAUCAAAAAACUUCCACGGAAAACUGCUGUCUUCAUCAACGACACAGCCACCUUCUGCGUGGAGCUGGACAACGACUGCCAGAACAUCCGGUGGCUGAAAAACAAAGAAGAAGUGAAACCCAGCGACCGAAUCUCCAUCACGCGCUCCGGCAAGCAGCACACCAUGACCAUCCGGGAGUGUAAGAUGGAAGAUGCUGGUGAGAUCGCCUUCCUGGCCGAUGAAAGCAGGACUUCCACCCAGUUCACUGUGACCACUCCCAAAAAACCUCCCACCCAACCCCCAACUGACCCUGUGAUGAAAAAUAAAACAGAAACCUCAGUGACACUGGCAUGGUCCCCUCCGAGGAUGGACCGGCCCAUUCCAGUCGACGGAUACAUCGUGGAGCGCAAGAAACUCACCGGCUUCACCUGGGUGAGGUGCCACGAGUCCCACGUCCCCGGCCCCGAGCUCACCGUGAGCAACCUGCCAGAAGAGGCUGACUACCAGUUCAGAGUGUCCGCAGUCAACGCCUACGGACAGAGCCCCUACCUGGAGUUCCCUGGGAGCUUGCACCUCGAACCUGUCCUGGCUGUGAAAAACCCCCUGACAACAGCUGAAGUUGCACCUGGAGGGGAUGCCCUGUUCACUGUUGAUCUGACCAAGACAUGUUCCGGCACUUGGUACCUGAAUGGCAAAGUCUUACAGGAAAGUGAGACCCACAUCAUUAACAGAACCCACACCACUCACACCCUGGUCAUAAAAAAUGUCACCAAGAAAGAUGAUGGGGCAGAAGUGAAAUUUGUUGCUAGUGACGUUGAGACCAGCACCAAGAUGAGAGUGAGAGGAGCUGCAGUGAGAUUCACCAACAAGACCAAAGACGUAGAAAAAGUCUCCACUCGGCUGAGGGAGGAAGCCAAACUCCAAGCUGAGCUUUCAGACACAGAGGCCACCGUGAAGUGGAUGAAAGAUGGGAAGGAGCUCAAGGCCAGUGAAAAAUACGAGUUCCAAAUUGUGGGGAAGAGGCACAUCCUGAAAAUCCGCAGCGCUGCCGAGGAGGACGCUGGAGUCUAUGAGUGUGUCUGUGAAGGGGAUAAAAUGCUCUACCAGCUCUCAGUGAAAGCACCUGCAAACUUCGUAAACAAAGAGAAAACUGGAGGAGUUGUCAAGGCCAUUGCUGGGAAACAGGCUGAGUUUGUGUCUGAGACCUCCGAGGCCAACAUCAUGGUGAAGUGGUACAAAAAUGGUAAGGAAAUCACAGCCAGCAAGAAAUUCACCAUGGAAGACAAAGGAAAACUGCACAAGCUUGUGGCUUCGUCUGUGACAAAAGAAGAUGAAGGAACUUACACCUGCAAAAUAGGGGAUGACACCCUUACAUUUGAUUUAAAAGUCUCAGAUGAAGCUGUUACUUUUGUCAACAAGCCCAAAACGACUCCAGAAGUAUCAGUCAGUCCUUCUGAAAGCCUGGAGCUGGUGUGUGAGGUGUCAGCUGCGGGCGGGGCCGUGGUGUGGAGGAAGGAUCAGACUGAGGUGAAGCAGGACCAGAGGACAACAAUCGUCUGCCAGGGGACACAACGCAAGCUCAUCAUCAAGAAGGUGACACAGCAAGACCAAGGCAGCUACACCUGUGAAACAAAGGAUGACAGAACAACAUUCCAAGUCAAAGUCAGAGAGACAGAGGUUGUGUUUACAAACAAGGACAAAGUGAAGAAAGAGGUGAAAGCUGCACUGACAGAAAAUGCCACGCUGAGCUGCGAGGUGGCCCAGGAGAAAACAGAGGUGAAGUGGUACAAGGAUGGCAAACUCAUCACCUUCAGCAAGAAGUUCAAGGUGGAGUCUGAGGGCAAAUCGCGUCGUCUGGUGGUGGGUCAGGUGGAGAAGAAAGAUGCUGGGGAGUACACCUGUGAGGCUGCUGGCCAAAAACUCACCUUCAGGAUCGAUGUCACAGAAGCAGAGGAUGCGUUUAUCAACAAGGACAAAGUGAAGAAAGAGGUGAAAGCUGCUCUGUCAGAAAAUGCCACGCUGAGCUGCGAGGUGGCCCAGGAGAAAACAGAGGUGAAGUGGUACAAGGAUGGCAAACUCAUCACCUCCAGCAAGAAGUUCAAGGUGGAGUCUGAGGGCAAAUCUCGUUGCCUGGUGGUGGGUCAGGUGGAGAAGAAAGAUGCUGGGGAGUACACCUGUGAGGCUGCUGGCCAAAAACUCACCUUCAGGAUCGAUGUCACAGAGGCAGAAGAUGCUUUCCUCAAAAAGGAGAAGGUGCAGAAAGAGGUGAAAGCUGCUCUGUCAGAAAAUGCCACGCUGAGCUGCGAGGUGGCCCAGGAGAAAACAGAGGUGAAGUGGUACAAGGAUGGCAAACUCAUCACCUCCAGCAAGAAGUUCAAGGUGGAGUCUGAGGGCAAAUCUCGUCGCCUGGUGGUGGGUCAGGUGGAGAAGAAAGAUGCUGGGGAGUACACCUGUGAGGCUGCUGGCCAAAAACUCACCUUCAGGAUCGAUGUCACAGAGGCAGAAGAUGCUUUCCUCAAAAAGGAGAAGGUGCAGAAAGAGGUGAAAGCUGCUCUGUCAGAAAAUGCCACGCUGAGCUGCGAGGUGGCCCAGGAGAAAACUGAGGUGAAGUGGUACAAGGAUGGCAAACUCAUCACCUCCAGCAAGAAGUUCAAGGUGGAGUCUGAGGGCAAAUCUCGUCGUCUGGUGGUGGGUCAGGUGGAGAAGAAAGAUGCUGGGGAGUACACCUGUGAGGCUGCUGGCCAAAAACUCACCUUCAGGAUCGAUGUCACAGAGGCAGAAGAUGCUUUCAUCAAAAAGGACAAAGUGAAGAAAGAGGUGAAAGCUGCACUGACAGAAAAUGCCACGCUGAGCUGCGAGGUGGCCCAGGAGAAAACGGAGGUGAAGUGGUACAAGGAUGGCAAACUCAUCACCUCCAGCAAGAAGUUCAAGGUGGAGUCUGAGGGCAAAUCUCGUCGUCUGGUGGUGGGUCAGGUGGAGAAGAAAGAUGCUGGGGAGUACACCUGUGAGGCUGCUGGCCAAAAACUCACCUUCAAGAUCGAUGUCACAGAGCCAGAAGUUGUGUUUACAAACAAGGAGAAGGUGCAGAAAGAUGUGAAAGCUGCACUGUCAGAAAAUGCCAUGCUGAGCUGUGAGGUGGCCCAGGAGAAAACGGAGGUGAAGUGGUACAAGGAUGGCAAACUCAUCACCUCCAGCAAGAAGUUCAAGGUGGAGUCUGAGGGCAAAUCGCGUCGCCUGUUGGUGGGUCAGGUGGAGAAGAAAGAUGCUGGGGAGUACACCUGUGAGGCUGCUGGCCAAAAACUCACCUUCAAGAUCGAUGUCACAGAGCCAGAAGUUGUGUUUACAAACAAGGAGAAGGUGCAGAAAGAGGUGAAAGCUGCACUGUCAGAAAAUGCCAUGCUGAGCUGCGAGGUGGCCCAGGAGAAAACGGAGGUGAAGUGGUACAAGGAUGGCAAACUCAUCACCUCCAGCAAGAAGUUCAAGGUGGAGUCUGAGGGCAAAUCUCGUCGCCUGGUGGUGGGUCAGGUGGAGAAGAAAGAUGCUGGGGAGUACACCUGUGAGGCUGCUGGCCAAAAACUCACCUUCAGGAUUGAUGUCACAGAGCCCAAACCUGCAUUUAUAAACCAGGAGAAGGUCCAGAAGGAGGUGAAGGCUGUCCUGACAGAAAGUGCCACCCUCGUGUGCGAGGUAGCGCAGGAUACAACCGAAGUGAAGUGGUACAAGGAUGGAAAACUGCUCGUUUCCUCUCGGAAAUUCAAAAUAGAGACCGUGGGCAAGUCCCGGCGCCUGGUGGUAGAGCAGCUGGAGAAGAAGGAUGCUGGGGAAUACAUCUGUGAGGCUGCAGGCCAGAAGCUGACCUUCAAACUGGAACCAACUGAACCAGAGGCUAAAUUUGAAAAUAAAGUUGUCCAGAAAGAGCCUCUCGUUGUUCAAGAACACGAAAGCAUCACACUGACAACCUCAGUCACGCCAGAAACCUCUGCAGUGAGGUGGUUCAAGGAUGGCACAGAAAUCAAAGCCAGCAAGAAAUGUGUGAUCAAGAGUGAGGGGGCAUCCAGGACGCUGACGGUGAACGCGGCCGAGAGCACGGACUCUGCCCUCUACACCUGCCAGACAAAGGAUGACAAGCAGGAAUUCAGAGUCCAGGUGAAAGAAAUCCCGGUGAAGUUUGCCAAGAAGCUGGAGGCCGUGAAAGCCGAGAUUGGUGGCAGUGUGUCCCUGAGCUGUGAGCUGAGCCACGCCAAGGGGAAGGUGACGUGGAGCAGGAAUGGGGUGGAGAUCAAGCCCAGCAAGCGUUUCCAGAUCCGUGAGGAGGGAAUCAAACGAACCCUGACAAUAACAGGGAUCCGGGCUGAGGACGAGGGAGAAUAUUCCUGCGAGUCCAGGGAUGACAAGAGCAGCAUCAGCAUUGUCCCCAAACCUCCCAGAGUGGUGAAAUUUGUUACAAGUCUCAACAGCGUGGUGUCUGAGGAGGGAAAAGAGGCCGUGUUCAAGUGCACCGUCUCCCCCAGUGAUGCCGUGGUCACCUGGCUCAGGAACGGGGCCAAGAUUGAAGCAAGCAAGAAAUACGUGAUCUCUCAGAAGGACACUAACCACAGCCUCACCAUCACUGAUCUGACACUGGAAGAUGCAGCUGAAAUCACUGCCAAUGCUGAGGGCGUGGAAAGCACAGCCAACCUCAGAGUCCGAGAGGCCUCAAUCUCCUUCAAGAAGAAGCUGGAGCCCAAAACUGUUGAAGAGAGGGAGACAGUGACCUUGGAGGUAGAGCUGACCAAGCCUGCAGAGGUGAAGUGGAUGAGGAACAGCAUCGUGCUGAAGCCCAGUGACAAGAUUGAGAUCAAAGCUGAGGGAACAAAGCACACCUUGGUGGUCAAGGACAUCUCCUUCGCAGACCGGGGCUUCUACUGCUGUGAGAGCCCCGAUGACAAGACCCAAGCCAAGAUCAAUGUGGAAAUGAGGCAGAUCAAGCUGGUGAAAGGCCUUCAGCCCCAGGAGGUGGCUGAGAAAGGGACUGUCACCUUCGAGGUGGAGGUGUCACACGAGGACGUGGAGGGGACCUGGCAGAAGGAUGGAGUUCGUCUGAAGCCCGCACCCAACAUCAGCUUCGGUGUCCUGGGCAAGAAACACUCCCUGACUCUCUCCUCGGUGGCACUGGAAGAUGCAGGACUCAUCUCCUUCAGAGCAGAAGGCAUCAGCUCAUCGGGGAGGCUCACGGUGACUGAAUUACCUGUGAGGAUCAGCAAACCUCUGGCAGACGUCAAUGUAACUCAGAAACUCAAGGCCACGUUCGAGUGUGAGCUGUCCAAACCCAAUGCCUACGUGAAGUGGUUCAAGGACGGGAAGGAGAUCCAGCAAAGUAAAAACAUUGGGAUUAUCUCCCAAGGAAAUAAGAGAAGCCUCAUUAUUCACAAGUGUGAAUAUGAAGACCAGGGAACCUAUACAUGUCAAGCAGCUGAAGACAAGACAUCAGCUACUCUAAAGGUUCAUGCCCGAGAUAUCAAGAUUGUAAAACCACUGGAAGAUGUGGAAGUGAAUGAAUACGAGAGUGCAUCUUUUGUCUGUGAGAUCUCACACGACGAGGUCGAAACCCAGUGGUACAAAAAUGACAACAAGCUGAAGACUUCGGACAACAUCAAAAUGCGGCAGGAUGGAAAGAGCUAUUCCCUGACUUACAUGCGUGUCCACGUCGAGGAUGCGGCUGAGAUCAGAUUCGUGGCAGAAAAGGCAGAAUCUCGUGCUCAGCUGACUGUAAAAGAGCUGCCCGUAAAGAUCGUGAAGCCUCUGCGGGAUAAGAUCGCCCUGUGGAAGCACCGGGGCUUCCUGGAGUGCCAGGUGUCCCGAGCCAAUGCCAAGGUCCGCUGGUUCAAGAAGGACGUGGAAAUUCACCCCAGUGAGAAAUACGAAAUCGUGAGCGAGGGCGUCUAUCGGAAACUCAUCAUCAACGACGCCGACUACGGAGACGAGGACACGUACACGUGUGACGCCUUCGAUGACAAAACCACAGCUAAUUUCUUUGUUGAAGAGCAAGCCAUUAACAUUGUAAAAGAAUUGUGUGAUGAGGAUGUGACUGAGCCUGAAGAAGCCAAUUUUGAAUGUGAGACAUCCAUUCCAUCUGUGAAACCUGCCAAGUGGUUCCUGAAGGGAGCAGCCUUGCAGGCUGGCAGAAACGUCAUCAUGCAGCAGGAAGGCACCAUCCACAGGCUGACAAUAAUAAAAACAAGUGUUGAUAUGACAGGCACCAUCCAGUUCUCCAUUGGCAAAUCCAAAUCCACAGCGAACCUGCUUGUCAGAGAUUACCACAUCCAGAUCACCAGGAAGCUGGAGGACAAGACCGUCCUGGAGCGACACUCAGUCAUCCUGUCCUGUGACUUCAGGCCUUCCCCAAAGCACGUGAAGUGGUUCAAGGGCCAAGUGCUCAUUGAGCCCUCGGAGAAGUACAAAAUCAAGCGGGAUCAGUACUCGGCAGAGCUCAAGAUCAUGAAGGUAAAGCCUGAGGAUGCUGGCGUGUACAAGUGCAGGGCCGGGAUCGCUGAGACCGAAGCCACGCUGAGCGUUGAAGCCCGCAAUGUAGAGGUCCUGAAGCACCUGCAGGACGUGGAGAUCGAGGAGGACAGUUCUGCUGUGUUCUCCUGCGAGCUGUCCCAUGAUGACGAGGACGUGGAGUGGUUCCUCAAUGGCACCCUCCUCUACACCAACAACUUCAACGACAUCAAGAGCGUUGGCAAGUGCUACACACUGACCAUGAAGCAGGUGAAGCCUGAGGAUGCUGGCACGGUGACAAUGAAGUCAGACAAGGUGUCAGAGACCGUGAGGCUGAAGGUGAUAGAGAAACCUGCUGUCUUCAUGAAAUCCUUGGAUGACGUUUUCGGUGAGGAGAGAGGAGUGAUCAAACUGGAAUGUGAAGUCUCCAAAGAGAAGGUCAAACCUGUUUGGAAGAAGGAUGGUGUGAAGAUCACUUCUAGCAAGAAGUAUGAGGAGUUACAGUCUGGGAAGACCCUGUGCCUCAUUAUCCAUGACCUUGAGAAGACAGAUGCGGGGUUAUACACCUGUGACAUCGGCACUGAUGUUGCCAAAUCAAAGGUCAGCGUUCAGGAACUGAACAUUGGCAUUACCAAACGGCUCAAGAACACUGAAAUCCAGGAGGGAGAAGAUUGCACUUUUGAGUGCAUUUUGUCCCAUGAAAGCAUUGACGACUUCAACUGGACACUGAAUGGGAGGAAAGUGGAAAGUGGGGGGAGAUUUAAAGCCUCCAAUGCAGGUCGGAAAUACACACUGAGUAUCAAAAAUGUGAUCCCUGAUGACACUGGGGAAGUCAUCUUCACUGCCCGUGGUCUCACCUCCAAGGCUUCUCUGGUUGUGAAAGAAAAACCUACUGAGGUUACAAAACAGCUGGAGGAUAAAACAUCACCAGCAGGGCAGGACAUCAGCCUGAGCUGUGAAUUGUCCAAAGCUGAUGUGAACAUCAGGUGGUACAAGGAUGGCAAAGCAAUCCGGAAAAGCCAGAAAUACGAGCUGCAGCAGGAGGGAACACUGGCCACUCUCAUCAUCCGUGAAUCCACCGUCAAGGACAGCGGGGAAUACACCUGUGAGACAGAAACCUCCAAAACAACAGCCAGGAUCACAGUGCAAGAAAAGCCCAAUUAUUUUGUCAAGGAACUCUCAGACCUGAAAGUCAAUGAAAGCGGAACUGCAGUUUUUGUGUGCCAGAGUGAGAGAGCUGCAUCCUCUGUGGUCUGGAGGAAAGGCAUGGCUGAGCUCAGGGCUGGCAGGAAAUACGAGAUCACACAGAAAGGACAAGUCCUCCAGCUGACCAUAAAGAACUUGGAGAAAAGUGACAGUGACACUUACACAUGUGACAUUGGGGACUCCCAGUCCAGAGCCAAGCUAACUGUGCAAGGCCAGAAAGUGCUAAUAACAGAAGACCUGGAGGAUGUCACUGUGUUAGAAGGAGAAUCUGCCAAGUUCAAGUGCAGAAUCUCUCCCGUAGACUAUAGCAGAGUGCAGUGGUUUUUGGAUAAAACCCCACUCCAUACCAAUGAACUUAAUGAGAUCCAGUCCCAGCCUGGUGGAUAUCACCUGCUAACGCUGAAAAAGCUCUCACUGAAGGACUCGGGGGUCAUUACAUUUGAAGCUGGUGAUAAGAAAACAUCUGCCAGUUUGGUUGUUAAAGAAACACCAGUUCUUUUCAAGCAAGAGCUCCAAAAUGAAGAAGCCAAAGAAGGAAAGCAGGUCAGGCUGACCUGUGAGCUCAGCAAACCUGGUACCCCAGUGAAGUGGAUGAAGGGAGACACUGUUCUCUAUGCCAGUGAGAAGUACGAAUUUAAGCAGCAAGGGACUGUGGCAGAGCUCAUAAUUCGAGAUGUGAAAUCUGUAGAUGCUGGGGACUACACCUGCAGUGCUGGGGAACUGAAAACCACUGCUCAGGUCAAAGUGAAUGCUGUGCCUGUCCUUUUCAAACAAGCCCUGGAGAACACGGAUAUGGAAGAAGGGAAAUCCGUCUCCUUGCGCUGUGAACUCACAAAAGCCGAUGCCACCGUGGUGUGGAAGAAGGGAGAAGCCACGCUCCAGGCAAGUGCCAAAUAUGAAAUGAAGCAGAAGGGAACAGUGGCAGAGCUGGUGAUUCAUAAUGCAGAGCCAGAAGAUGCGGGAAGAUACACCUGUGACACUGGAGACCAGCAGACCACAGCCCAAGUCAAAAUCCAUGCCAUCAAACCCCAGCUGAAGCAGCAGCUGAGGAACGAGGAAGUGGAAGUGGGAGGAACAGCCAGGCUGCGCUGCGAGAUUUCCAUCAGCAAAGCAGAAGUGGAGUGGAGGAAGGAUGGAGUCCUCCUGCAUUCCAGCUCCAAGUAUGAAAUGUGGCAGGAUGGGACCCUCCGGGAGCUCCGUGUUCACCACCUGGAGCCUGGGGAUGCUGGAGAAUAUUCCUGCAAGGCUGGAGACCAGACCAGCUCUGCCAAACUCAUCGUGAAAGAGCCUGAUGUGACCAUCGUGAGUGGCCUCAGGGACACGGUGGUGUCCGAAGGGGACGAUGUCACCUUUCGGUGCCAGGUUUCCCACGAGAACGCCAGGGAUGUCGAGUGGAAGCUGCAGGAUGUGGCUCUGCAGAACAACGAGAUGAACGAGAUCUCGGUGGAAAAGGGGAAGAUCCACACCCUGACGCUGAGGAAGGUGACUGAGCAGGACAUUGGCACUGUCACCUUCCGGGUGGGACCCCACACGUCGACAGCAGAGCUCAGAGUGAAAGCUUCUCCAGUCACCUUCACACAGCCACUCCAGAACCAACAAGCUGAGGAAGGCAGCACCGUCACUUUGAGCUGCGAGGUCUCCAAAUCCAACACUACCGUGCAGUGGAAGAAGGCAGGGACAGUGCUGAGACCCAGCGACAAAUACAAGAUGCGUCAGGAGGGCUCCGUGGCUGAGCUGACAAUUCACAACCUGAGCGAAGCUGAUGCUGGGGAGUACACCUGUGACGCAGGGGAGCAGCAAACCACGGCAGCAGUGCACCUGAAAGAACCAGCAGCCACCAUCGUGGAGAGGCUGAAGGACGUCGCCACGUACGAAGGAGAAGACGCGGUGUUCGAGUGCAGGCUGUCCCGGGAAACGGCUCAGGAUGCCCAGUGGUUCCUGGGGGAUGUUCCCCUGCAAUCCAACGAAAUGAAUGAGAUCAGAGUGCAAGGCACACGCCACAGUUUGAUCCUGAGGAAGGUGACCCUAGAAGACUGUGGGUCCAUCUGUUUCAAAGUGGGGCAGCAUUCGUCAGCAGCACAGCUGAAGGUGGAAGCUGCCCCGGUCACCUUUGUGAAGGCACUGCACAACCUGGAGCUGCAGGAGGGUGGCACUGCCCACCUGUCCUGCGAGGUGUCCAGGCCUGAUGUCCCCGUGGAGUGGAAGAAGGGCACAUCUGUGAUCCACUCCAGCCACAAGUGCAGCAUCCAGCAGGAGGGGAAGGUGCACACGCUGGUCAUCUGCGACCUGAACCGCGCCGACUCCGGGGAAUACAGCUGCCACACGGCUGCUGGCAAGACCACGGCCAGACUGGAGGUCAAAGGCCUGCCUGUGCUGUUCAAGCAGUGGCUGAAGAACGAGGAGGUGGAGGAAGGGCGCACGGCCGUGCUGCGCUGCGAGCUCACGCGGCCCCACGCGCGCCUGGAGUGGAGGAAAGGGGACACGGUGCUGCAGCCCGGGGACAAGUACGAGAUCCGGCAGGAGGGGACACGAGCUGAGCUCCUCAUCUACGAGGCUGAGGCUCAGGAUGCUGGAGAAUACACCUGUGACUCGGGGGAUCAGCAAACCACGGCUUCGCUGCAGGUCAAAGUACUGCCAGUGCUGUUUAACAAAGAGCUGAAAAACGUAGAGACUGAAGAAGGGGGAACGGCAGUUUUGCACUGUGAGAUCUCCAAGCCCGACGCUCCCGUUGAGUGGAGGAAAGGAGGGGUGGUCAUUCAGCCCAGUGACAAGUACGAGGUGCAGCUGAAGGGCAGCGUAGCUGAGCUGAUCAUCCAUGGUGUAGAGCCUGAUGACUGUGGGGAUUAUACCUGCAGCACUGGAUACGAGAUCACCACAGGGUCUGUGUAUGUGCAAGCCAAGAACAGCAUUGUGCAGGGCUUGGAGAACGUGGAGGCCGUGGAAGGAGGGGAGGCCCUGUUCGAGUGUUACCUCUCCAAGCCUGAGACCUACAAUUACAACUGGCUGAUUGAUGAUGAACCUGCCAAAACCACAGAAAACACUGAGAUGGUUUACUUUGAAAAUGGGCUCAGGCACAUCCUGCUGCUGAAGAAUUUAACUCCCCAGGACAGCUGCAGGGUGACUUUCAUGUGCAGCGAUGCAGUGACCUCAGCCUUCCUCACAGUGAAAGGGUGGCGCCUGCAGUUCUUGCAGCCCCUCACGGAUGUGGAAGUGUCUCUGGGGCAAAAAGCAACAUUUAGCUGUGUCCUGAGUGAAGCUGUGCCAGUUAACGAAGUGUCCUGGUACAGUAAUGACACAGAGAUCCAGUCAGGUGAGGACUGGGAGGUACAAGCAGAUGGAAACAAAUACAAACUCAUUCUGAAAAAAGCCCAACUACAUCAUUCUGGAGAGGUGACAUUUGCUUCCAGGGAGGCCAUUUCAUCAGCCAAGCUUUCUGUGAUAGCCCUCCCCGAGCCCCCUGAAGAGCCAGAAGUUCUCAGUCAGAGCAGCCACUCUGUCACUCUGUCUUGGCACAAACCGCUGGGUGACGGCAGCCAGGACAUCCUGGGCUACAAGGUGGAGAGGAAAAUCGCGGGUGUUGGCUGGCAGUCCUGCAGCGAGGGUCUCAUCCAGAACACAGAGCUCACCGUGGAUGGCCUGGCUCCGGGGGAACCCUACAGAUUCCGAGUGUCAGCCAUAAAUAAAGCUGGGGCCAGCGAGGCGGUGCACUUCCCCCAGAUGGUGCGGUUAGAGCCUCCAGUUACAGUCACCCAACCUUUGAUGGGAGGAUCUGUCUCAGAAGGGGGAGUGGCUCGCCUGGAGUGCACAUUGUCAAGUAAAACCCAGGAGAAAGUGACUUGGUUCAAGGGAAAAGAACAAAUAAAAGCUGGAGGGAGGUACGAGAUCCUCUCUGAUGGAACGAAGCAAAUACUCAUUAUCCAUGGAUUUAAACCUGAGGAUCAGGACAGCUACACCUGCAUGGCAUCUCCAGAAGUCAAAUCUGUUGCCAGCCUGUGUCUCGAAGUUCCCACAGUGUCGAUGCUGAAGGAGAUUGCCAGGGAAGCUCCCCCUGCCAGCCGGGCUGAGGAGCUGGUGGAUGGACACAUCCAGCCCAGCCUGCCCCCUGAAGCUGCCCAGGAGGGAGAUCUUCACCUCCUGUGGGAAGCCCUGGCCAAGAAACGCCGUAUGAGCCGGGAGCCCACCUUGGAUUCCAUCAGCGAGGUGCCUGAGGAGGAUGAGAAGCUCCAGAAGCUGAGGAAGGAGGAAGCAGAGAUGUCUCACUACUACUCGGAGGAGUACUCCACAUGUGACGAGCUGGCCAGGACAGGAGAGGCAGAUUUCUCUUUCACAAGCUCUGAUGAUGAGUCUAGAGCUGGGACUCCUUCCCUAGUAAACUACCUCAAGAAAGCUGGGAAGAAGAGCAUCAGUGUUACCAGCAAGGUUCAGUCCACCUCCACAGAAAAAUUAUGGAAACAGUGGGAGACAUCCACUGUGGAGACCACUGUGGCCACCACGGCUGCUCAGCCAGCUGAACCAGAGCUUCCAGAUUUAAAUGAUCCCUCCAUGAACAAGGCGGCUGUGAAGAUCCAAGCAGCUUUCAAAGGCUACAAAGUCAGAAAAGAGAUCAAGCAGCAGGAGUGCCCAGUGUUUACUGAGACCUUCAAAGACUUCUCUGGAGAGCCUGGAAGCACCCUGCACCUGGAGUGUGUGGCCCACAGCAAAACCGACAUGAACGUCCGGUGGCUGAAAGACGGGAAGGAGCUCUCGGAUGGUCGUUACUACCACAUAGACAGCUACAGUGAUGGCACCUGCUCCUUGAUUAUCGCUGGCCUGGACAGGAAGGAUGCCGGUAAAUACACCUGCGAGGCAUCCAAUAAGUUUGGCAAGGUCUCACACAGCGCAAAGGUGGUGGUUGGCACUCAGGAACCCCAAGUUCUUCCUAAGGAGAAGAGGAGUAAGCAGAGCACUGACAGUGAGACGGAGAGCUCGUCUGGCAGCGAGCUGGACGAUGCUUUCCGAAAAGCAGGAAGGAGACUCCACAGGCUCUUCAGGGCCAAGAUCUCCACGGAGAUCUCUGAUGUGGAGGAAGAGCUCUUUGUCAGCGCAGACGAAGGGGACAUUGACGUGGUUGACCACCAGACGUACCGUGAGGAUGACCAGUACAUCUACAUCAAGUUUGAAAUCAUGUCUGAGGCCAAAUCAGCCGCCACGCGGUUCAGAGAGAUGUUUGGUGCUCUGGGAAUUCCUGUGGAGAUCAGCAUCUUAGAACAAGGCCCAAAAAAAAUUGAAUUGCGCAUUGGGAAGGCAUCACCUCCCACCUUUGGGAAGUUUGCACCUCCAGUAGCAAGACCUCCACCACCUUUGCUGACUUCUGACACAGCCCCCAUGUUCAUGACCGAGCUUCAAAACCAAGAGGUCCAGGAUGGGUACCCAGUGAGCUUUGACUGCAUCGUCAUUGGCAAACCCCUGCCCACGGUUCGCUGGUUCAAGGAUGGCAAAGCUAUUGAAGAAAACGAUCACUACAUGAUCAACGAGGACCAGGAGGGGUGUCACCAGCUGAUCAUCACCGCCGUGGUCCCCACGGACAUGGGCGUCUACCGGUGCCUCGCUGAGAACAGCAUGGGGGUGGCUUCAACCAAGGCUGAGCUCCGUGUGGACUUGACCAGCACGGACUAUGAGACAGCAGCAGAUGCAACAGAGACAUCAUCUUACUACAGUGCCAAGGAAUAUAUUUCAAGCCGGGAACAGGAGGAAUCCACCACUGAGGAGGAGCAGCUGCCCCAGAUCUUUGAUGAGCUUCAUGAUAUUCAUGUGGCACCUGGAGCAUCACUGGCUAAAUUUCACCUGAAGGUGAAAGGGUACCCUCAGCCUCGUCUCUACUGGUUCAAAAAUGGGCAGCCCCUAAAGGCCUCGGAUCGUAUUCUCAAGACUGACAGGCAGGAAUUCCAUUCCCUGGAAAUCCGCGACGUCACCAAAGCAGACGCUGGCCAGUACUUGAUAUUUGUCAUCAACUCUGCUGGCUCUGCGUAUUCCUCAGCCAGGCUGGUAGUCAAAGAUCCCUAUGAGAAAGAAGAGCCAUCAAAAACAGAUUCCCAUGAGCAGCUGAUACCACCAAGAUUCCUUGAAAGAUUUACAAAUAAGAAGGUGAAAAAGGGUGCAAGCAUCACAUUAUCUGUGAAAGUUGAAGGACAUCCACCGCCAACAAUCACUUGGAUGAAAGAAGAGUCUCGAGAAGACAUCCUGUGGAUCAAACCAGACACUCCUGGCUAUAAACUUGCCAGUUCCAACAUGCACCACAGCCUGAUCCUGUUGGAUGUCAAGAAGAAGUACAGUGGAGCUUACACGUGCAUUGCCACCAACCAGGCUGGCCAGUCCAUCUGCACCGCCAACCUGGAAGUUGCAGAUGUGAAAGAGGCUGAAGUCCUGACCCAGGAGCGUGUGAUGGUGUCAGAAGCCAUCAUGACCACACUGGGAACUAUUCAGUCUUCUGAAGGAGACUUUGAAGCUGGCAGAGAAGGUGUGCCCAAAAGCCCUAUUUCAUUAGCUGAUGUUGGCUCAGAAGAGUUCUUCCAGAAACUCACCUCACGUAUCUCAGAAAUGGUAUCUGCAAAAAUAACUCAGGCUAAACUUCGAGUACCGGGUGCUGAAAGUGAUGAUGAGUCAAGAACUCCCUCUGCAUCUCCUCGCCAUGGACGAUCCAGACCUUCAUCCAUUGCUCAGGAAUCCUCCUCUGAAUCUGAAGAUGGGGAUUCCAGAGGGGAGAUCUUUGACGUCUACAUGGUCACUGCUGACUACGUGCCCGCGGCGCCGGACAAGGAGACCAUCACCCUGAAGGAAGGACAAUAUGUGGAAGUCCUGGAUUCAGCUCAUCCCCUGAAAUGGCUGGUCAGGACUAAACCCACAAAAUCAAGUCCCUCGAGACAGGGUUGGGUGUCUCCAGCUUACCUGGACAAGAAAUUAAAGUUGUCACCGGAGUGGGGAACCAUGGAAAUUCCAGAGUUUCCUGGAGAGUUUGUUUCUGAAGAUGAAUACAAAAGGAAGCUAAGUGUUCUCAUUCAGGAGCUGCUGAUCUCAGAGGAAGAUUAUAUUCAAGACCUGCAGUUCCUGCAGACUCAUCACCUUAGGUACACUGAGACCUGUCCCAGUGUGCCAGGAGCUGUUGCCAGUCAGAAAUCCACCAUCUUCAGGAAUAUUGAUGACAUUGGUCGCUUCCAUUCCAGUGUCUUCCUCCGGAGCUUGCAGGGCUGUGACACUGAUGAUGACGUGGCCAUGUGCUUCAUCAAGCACGAGGCAGAGUUUAACAAGUACAUCCAGUACCUGGUGGGAAGGGUCCAGGCUGAGUCAAUUGUUGUCAGCAAAGCUGUCCAGGAUUUCUACAAGAGAUACACAGAUGAAUUUGUAACUAAUGAAGAUCCCUCACAGCCACUGAUCCCACCACUGCAGCACUACCUGGAAAAACCCAUAAACAGGAUUCAGCAGUACCAGACAAUAAUUAAGGAAUUAAUCCGAAACAAAGCCAGAAACAGCCAGAACUGCGCUUUGCUGGAGCAGGCCUAUGCCAUUGUGUCUGCCCUCACCCGAAGAGCAGAGAACAACCUCCAUGUCUCACUCAUUGAGAAUUAUCCCGGGACCUUGGAAAGCCUUGGGGAACCCAUCCGGCAGGGCCACUUCAUUGUGUGGGAAGGAGCUCCAGGAGCUCGAAUGGCAUGGAAAGGACACAAAAGACAUGUUUUCCUCUUCAAAAAUUAUAUUGUGAUCUGCAAACCAAAGCGAGACACAAAGACAGACACCUACAGCUACAUCUUCAAGAACAUCAUGAAGCUGAACAACAUUGAUGUGAACGACCUGGUGGAAGGGGAUGACCGGGCCUUUGAGAUCUGGCACGAACGGGAGGACUUGGUGCGCAAAUACCUCCUGCAGGCGCGGACCGUGAACAUCAAGAACUCCUGGGUGAAGGAGAUCUUGGGCAUCCAGCAGCGGAUCAGCGAGCCCAUCUGGAUCCCUCCAGACUUUGAGGAAGAACUGGCAGACUGCACAGCCGAGCUGGGAGAGACAGUCAAGCUGGCCUGCAAGGUGACAGGAGCUCCCAAGCCAUCCAUCAGCUGGUACAAAGAUGGAAAGCCAGUGGAGGUGGAUCCCCAUCACAUCAUAAUAGAAGAUCCUGAUGGUUCCUGCACACUGAUCUUGGACAACCUGACAGGGGCUGACACAGGACAGUACAUGUGCUUCGCUUCCAGUCCUGCUGGGAAUGCCAGUACCUUGGGAAAGAUCCUUGUUCAAGUGCCCCCUCGGUUUGUGAACAAGGUCAGAAAUGCUUAUCUUGUCGAGGGUGAAGAUGUCCAGUUCACCUGCACUGUGGAAGGAGCACCCAGGCCUCAGAUCAGAUGGUACAAAGAUGGGGUGCUGCUGAAGGACACCGGUAAAUACCAGACUUUCAGUGAACCACGGAGUGGCAUCGUAGUCCUGGUGGUCAAGAACCCUUCCAAUGAAGACAUGGGGCACUAUGAAUGUGAGCUGAUGAACAGAUUAGGGUCUGCCAAAAGUGGAGCAGAGCUUUACCACCACAGCGCCGCAGCCCUGACCCAGGAGAGGAGAGGAGACCAAGCCAUCACCAUUGAAGGAAUGACUUCCCCCCAGUCAGAGACGGAGACUUCUGUGCAGGCCUCGCUCCAGCGCGCUGAUAAGGAGAUCAAGACAGCCCUGAAAAAACUCAUGGACUCGGCGUCACUGCUGGUGACUCUCCCCCCGGGCAUGCGAGCAGAUGGUGGCCUUGGCCUUGGCCCUCCUGGGCCUGUUCCUUCAGAGCACUCAGGGGCAGCAGCCGGGCCCUCCGUGGUAGUUCAUGAAGCCAGCACCCAAACCCAGGCUGCUGGAGACCAUGCCAAAGCACAGAGGCAGGUUCCAGCUGAAGAACCAGGGGUGCCAAAGCCCAGCCCUGCUCCUCCCCGGGAAGAGGAGGCUGCUGGAGGUGCAAGCGCUCAGGAACGCACCGUUCCCAUCAACAGAACAUCACCAGAUGCAGGGGCAGGAGGCUGGUACAGGAGAGAAGGAGACGUGGUUGUGCACAGUGAAGUUUAUAUUGAAACCACAGAAAGAACUCGUGUGUAUAAGACUGAGGAGAAGACUCCAACAAGUCCUCCCUACAUGCAAGUGACAAUAGAGGAUGUGCAGGUGAACUCUGGGGAACGUGCCAAAUUCCAGGCAGUCAUUGAAGGAACCCCUCAGCCCACAGUUUUGUGGUUUAAGGGCACCUCACUGCUGACAGACAGCGACAGGGUCCAUCAGGGGAAGGAAGGAACAACGUAUUUCUUAGUCGUGGACAAUGCUGCCUUGGAAGACGGUGGUGUUUAUACCUGCGUUGCCAAAAAUGCAGGAGGAGAGGUUUUGUGCAAAGCAGAGCUCGUCGUACGUGAAGCUAAGAAAGACCAAGAAGGAAAGAAAGUGGCCACCAGGAGAAAGCUCCACUCCCAUUAUGAGGUUAAGCAGGAGAUUGGAAGGGGCUGCUUCAGCUUUGUGAAAAGGGUGGUGCACAAGGGGAACAGGGUGUCCUGUGCUGCCAAGUUCAUCCCUCUGCGGAGCAAAACCAAGUCUCGAGCUCAUCAAGAGAGGGAUAUUCUUACCUCUCUGUCCCACGACAGAAUUACCAGGCUCCUGGAUGAGUUUGAGACACGAAAAACACUGAUUUUGAUUCUGGAGUUAUGCUCCAAUGAAGAGCUCCUGGACCGCUUAUUCAAGAAGAAUGUGGUCACUGAAGCUGAGGUCAAAUUGUACAUCAAGCAAAUUUUGGAAGGAAUCAAAUAUCUUCAUGACAACAACAUCCUUCACUUGGACAUCAAGCCACUGAACAUCCUCAUGGUUUAUCCUGAGAGAGAAGACCUGAAGAUCUGUGACUUUGGAUUUGCCCAGAGGAUCACACCCGUGGAGCCCCAGUACAGCAAAUACGGCUCUCCGGAGUUUGUUGCCCCAGAAAUUGUUUCCCAGUCACCAGUGUCAAAAGCAACUGAUAUCUGGGCUGUUGGAGUCAUCACAUAUUUAAGCCUCACGUGCAAGUCUCCAUUUGCUGGGGAGAACGACAGGAAAACUCUCCUGAAUAUCCAGAACGGGGAAAUUUCAUGGACCAUUCCUGAUGUUGUUCACUUGAGUGAAGAUGCAAAGGACUUCAUGAAAGGGAUCCUGCAGCAGCACCCCAAAUCCAGGCCGAGUGCUUUGGACUGUCUUUCCCACAAAUGGUUCAUGCACAAUGUUCCUCUUGAAGCAGCUCAUUUCAUUAAUACCAAACAGCUCAAAUUCAUUGUGGCUCGGAGCAAGUGGCAGCGCUCGCUGAUGUGCUACAAAUCCAUCCUGGUGAUGAGGUCCAUCCCAGAAAUCCUCGAAAGGACCCAUGACAACAGCUCCCUGGCCAUCUCCCGACACCUCAUCGAGGAGAGCACUUCAUCCAGCACCAGCGGCUCCUCCUCGGACAACGAAAACUCCAAUUUCCCAAAAAAGAGGCACUUUGGCUCCACCCCUGAACUGCACCUGCCCGUAUUUGAUGUCCCAGGCCAUCCUGAGCCUCUGAAAUGUGCGAGUGAAAGGGAACUUGCCAAAAGCUCCAUCCCUCCAGUAAAACCCAUGAGGAGGAAAUAUGCUUCGCUGAAAGCGGAGGUGGGGGACAAAUCACCCACAGAGAGCAAGGAGCUCAUGGCGAGUGUCUUACAGGAGAAAGAGGAGAGGCUCCUUCCCAGCCUUCGGGGAGAGCCAUCCCAAAAAGGUGGCACUGAUGAGCCUUCAUCCCUGAGGGCUUCCACAGAAAGCACAUUGCUUCUGCACCAGAAAGAAAAACCAGAUACAUCUUUAUCUGAAAAGGACAGAACGGAGGAGGCAGGGGAUGGGACAGAAAAGCCAUCUGCCUGUGUUCCCAGGCAGAGUGUCAUCAAAAGCACCUUCUACAGCCAAGCAACUGAGCUGCCUGCAAGGCCACCUUCCUCACCAGGCAGGGAGUUCAGAAGGCACCUGGACAGAGCCAGAAGGACUUUCAGGAAGGGUGGGUAUUCAAAAGUGCCCCUCAGUGGCCUCCGUGAACCCCUCCUUGAGCAGUUUGAACUGGAAGAAGAAGAAGAAGGAGGAGGAGAUGAUCACAAGGAAAGUCUGCUGGGAUCCUUGACCAAAUCUGCGUCGUUUGACACUGCCAGGAAGCCACCACACCCUGCCAUUGCUGGGGCCAGCCGCAGCCGUUCCCUGGAUGACUACAGGCUGAGAGCCUCCAGAUCCCUGAGGGAACAAGAUAUUUUGGAGGAGGACUGUGAUGUAUUGUCCCAGGAAAGCUGCCCUGAAGGCAGUGAUCACUGUGACAUUUCCGCAGGGCCCGGCAAGGGAUGCUCAGCAGACACAGCAGAGCCAGGGGAUGUCAGGAGAGCCAGCAAGGAUUGCUCAGGAGAGAAGCCCUCUCCCUCCACACACUGUGAGGGGAACGGGUGCCCACCUGCUCUUAUACAACAGCCAGAGGGAUUUCCAGUGUCACCUCUGAGGAGUGAGAACAGGAAGCGUUUACUGAAGAAGUCAAAAGCCACUGAGAUUGAGGAGGAUGCUGAGUGUUUGGAAGGCAAAAGCCCCAUUCCAACUGCCCAGUGCUCAGAUGUAACAGCACCAUCAGCUCCAAAACAUGAGAGCACAGAGGGUAAAUCUGCCUCUGGCCGUGCCUCUGACUCUGCUUUUCAGGAGGGCAAAGAGUCCAUUUCAACCCUCACACAGUCAGAGACCACCCUGAGGUCAUCUCCUCCGAGUAAGGGAGGCGUGUGUCUGCCCCAGGAGCCUGCUCCCACCUACAGCCACCCGGAUCUAACAGGUGGAAGCUUGCUUAUCAAAAGGACAGCCCCAGCCCCACCUUGGAAAGACAAAAGGCAGAAACAUUCAGAUGAAAAGACUUCUGCUCAUGGCACUGCUGGAUCUGAACUCAUGGAGCAUGAAAGCUCUGCUGUUCCAACAGAACAAACAGAGACUGAUUUGCUUCCAGUAUGUAAAGACAAAAGUGAGGAAAUUCCUGGGAAAAGUGUUCCAGCAGCUACUGUCAUGCUGGGCAAACAGCCAGGUACCCUCACCACUGGUGAAGGUGCUCCUCAGAAACUGAAGAUCCUUAAAGAGGUGAGAUCUGCUGUCCUGGAAGAUGCAGAAGCAGCUGUUCCAGGAAUCACUGCACCAUCAGCCCAUGGUGAUGAAAGCCAAACACACAAGAAGGCUCCUGUUCACUCAGACACAGCAUCAGCUGUCCUGAAGGGAGAGCAACUCGCUAUUCCCCACAUCCCACCACCAGGAUCAGUGCCACCACUGGUCUCUGGUGGAGCACAGCAGGCUCUCAGCAAGGAGAAACUUGCUGCUCUGAGGAAUAAAAGCUCAGCUUUUGCCACAGAGGUUGUUUCCAGUUUGGCCCAUGAAGGAGCUGAACCCCAGGAGGUUCCUGAAGGCCAUGGCUCAGAUCCUGCAGCUCUGGAGAGCAGACACCCAGCCAGAGCUGCAUCCUCCCAAAGCAGCGUCCUCCCUCAGGUCUGGGAGAGGGAAAAUCAAGAGCAUCCAGAGGUGCCAGUUCACAGUGAGAUGAGAUCUGUUGUGACAGGAAGCCGAGGAGCUGGACAAACUGUGGCUGCUCCUUUCCCCAAGGCUGGACACAGGGUGUUUGAGCAGCACAGGGCUGGGAUUUCAGAUGGUCUGGAGAGUGGCAGUUCGGGUGCAUUAACUCCUUCACAACCAGAAGUUGCUUCAGCUUCCGCCUAUGACCUGGAAUAUGAGGAAUAUCCAGAGGUUUAUGGUGAGGGUGGAGGCAUUGCCUUAGAAAGUGGAAGAGGUGAUGCUGGAAAAGCUGCCACACCACUGCUCCGCAGGGAGCACAGUCAGGAGCUGUCACACCACAGAUCCUCUUUCUACAGUGAUGAGGAGUCUGCUGUGCUGGAGGGCUUAGUGGAUGAGAUGGUUUCCCUCUCCGAAGAGAUGAAUGUUUGGGCAGAGUCAGUUUCUGGAGAGAAGGGAAGCAGGAAACACGUUUCUCCUCACAGAGAGAUGUUCUACAAAGGCAGCCAAGCACGUGUGGACACCUCCUUCCCUUCUGUCCAACAGGGAGGAAGAGGAGAAGUCACUGAGAAGGAUGGCCUUGCAGAACCUUACCUUGCUGUGAGUGAGGAGCCAGGAGUCCUGGAGGAGCAGGUAGCACAGACAGUUCCUCAGGAAUGUGAGCAGCUGGAGGACUUGGCAUUUGAGACCUCCCCUUCCAGCCCAGAGAGCGUUUCCUCCACAGAGAGCUUGGACACUACAAAAAGACCCAUCCACGUGCCCGUGAUCAAGGACACUGGGAAACACCCAGAAGUUUCUUUGGUGAAAAUCAAAGACCUGUCAGAUGAAACACCCAGUCUUGGCAGUGGCCCCCACAAAUUUGACAUCUCAGAAGUGGAGCCUGCCUAUUUGAAUUUCUCAGAUUUGUAUGACAUUGUCUACUUUCCAUUUGAGUUUCUGAGCUAUAAGAAGCCUUCGCCCAAACCAGUUCCUAGACGGUUUAUGCUUCUUGGUCAAAGGGCAAGGUCCCCUCCUGCAGGACAUCUCCAUAAGGACAAAAAACUGUGCAUCAGGGAACAGGAAGACAAGAACAGGAAGAACCAAUUGGAAAUAUCCGAGGAUUCAAAGGCAGCUAACUUAUUAGCCGUGGGGAAAGGGGCAGAGAGCCAUAAAGAAAUGUAUAGCUCCCAAAAGGACUGCAGUGGGAAGCAGAAAAGCUCCCUCCACACCAAGCCUGGACUCUUUAAGCCUUAUGCAAGGUCUCAUUCAGUGGAGCAGUCAGUGGAGCAGAGUCUGAAGAAGAAAGUAAAAGCUUCUGUUGCCCAUAUUUCAAGAAUCCUAAAAGGAAAGACAUCUCCUGAGCCAGAGGAAGGUAAUUAUCUCACAUUGUUCCUUCAUAGAUUUGCUGCUAAAACUGGGCUCUGUUAAAGCUGCCUUUUUCUCUUUCCAAGCAUAUUUGAAGCUGUGGUUAGAAUGGAAUUGAAAAUCUGGCUGUGGUAGGUUCUGAAAUCAGUAGUUUCCACCAUCAGAUCUCUGUUACUGGCUGGCUUCAGUGCAGAGCCAGCUGGGUUAAUGCACCAAUGGAUGGGGCUCAGAUUCCCUGCUUGAGGCUGCACAGAAGCAGAUCAGGGCUGGGUGAUGCUUUCCUUGCUGCAGUUGUCAUCUGACUGUGGCAAAUCUGUCACGUUAAAGUGACUGGGAGAAGCUGAAGUCACCCUGGUUACUGGACAUGGGGAUCUGUCCUUUCUUCUCUGCCAUCCCUGGAUAUUCCCUGUUCUUCCAGGACACUGUUCUGUUUGCAGCAGCUGUCACAGGCUUCCCUGUUAAUCAAACACUGGUUAAUA